AUGAGGAUCUGGUGGCUGCUGCUUGCCAUUGGAGUCUGUACAGGAAACGGAAACUCAGAGGACACGUGCAGGCAAGGGCACCCUGGCAUCCCUGGGAAUCCCGGUCACAAUGGUCUGCCUGGAAGAGAUGGACGAGAUGGAGCCAAGGGUGACAAAGGGGAUGCAGGAGAACCGGGACAUCCUGGCGGCCCAGGGAAGGACGGAGUGAGUGGACAGAAAGGAGAGCGAGGAGCAGAUGGAAACGUUGAAGCAAAAGGCAUCAAAGGUGAUCAAGGGUCAAGAGGAUCCCCAGGGAAACAUGGGCCGAAGGGAUGUGUUGGUCCCACAGGAGAAAAAGGCCUCAGAGGAGAGACUGGCCUGCAAGGGCAGAAGGGGGACAAAGGUGAUGUGGGUCCCACGGGUCCAAAAGGUCUAACAGGCAACACUGGGCCUUUGGGCCCUGUGGGUUUACCUGGCCCCACAGGCCCCACUGGAAAGCCUGGUCCCAGGGGAGAAGUGGGACCCAUGGGGCCCCAGGGUGAGCCAGGAGUCCGGGGAACGAGAGGCUGGAAAGGGGAUCGAGGAGAAAAAGGGAAAAUUGGCGAGUCUCCAGUCUUGCCAAAAAGUGCUUUCACCGUGGGGCUCACGGUGCUGAGCAAGUUCCCCUCCUCAGACGUACCCAUUAAAUUCGAUCGGAUCCUAUAUAAUGAGUUCAGUCACUACGACGUAGCGACAGGGAAAUUCACCUGCCACGUUGCUGGCGUCUAUUACUUCACCUACCACAUCACUGUUUUCUCCAGGAAUGUUCAGGUAUCUUUGGUCAAAAAUGGGGUAAAAGUACUGCACACCAAGGAUGGUUACACGAGCUCUGAGGACCAGGCCUCCGGAGGCGUCAUCCUGCAGCUGAAGCUCGGGGACGAGGUGUGGGUGCAGGUGACAGGAGGAGGCAGGUUCAAUGGCUUGUUUGCCGAUGAGGACGAUGACACAACUUUCACAGGCUUCCUCUUGUUCAGCAGCUAAUGGUGGAGGAGUCAUCAGAUGGUUUAUUACAUUAAUUCCUCCAAUUAUUGCUGUAAUCAUAAAAAGGUGAAAAUAGGGACGUUAUU